AUGUUCGGAGCUUCAUUCUCCACGCCAGAGACUGCAGCGAUCUGGUCGGACAAACAGCGGACUGCGUAUUAUUUGCAGUUCGAAGGAGCUCUUGCCAACGUUCAGGCAAAGCUAGUGAUCUCUAAGCACUGCGAGAGCGUGAGCAAGCUUGACUUUGAUGAGCUCAGAGAGCAGACCAAGCUCAUUGGGUAUCCGAUCCUCCCUGUUGUGCAGCAGCUCGUACGAAAUGUGAAUGCGGUUGAGGAUGGGUUGGGAGAGUGGGCGCACUGGGGUACGAUGACGCAGGAUGUCAUGGACACUUCAGUGGUUUUGCAGUUGCGAGAGCCCUUCCGUGUCAUUGAGGAUGCUCCGGACAGCAUUAUUGAUUGCUUAGAGCAUCUCUGCGUAGAACAUAGGUCGACGCCAAUGGCAGCAAGAAGCCAUCUGCAGCAAGCCGUGCCGAUGUCGUUAGGCUUCAAGUUGGCUCGACUGCUUGCUUCCUUCCAACGGCACAAGCAGCGUCUGCACAAGCUGAAGCCCCGAUUGUUUGUCCUGCAGUUUGGUGGCGCGGCAGGCACGCUCGCCACAAUUACGUCGGCCUCGUCAUUCAGCGCUCCAGACACCGUAGACGGCAUACCGCUUGCACUUCGCUGCCAGGAACUUCUCGCUGCGGUGCUCGACCUAGGAGUGCCGGAGACUGCUUGGCAUGCGGAACGAGACAACUUCGCAGAGGCUGCGAACAUCCUGGCCUUACUUACAGCUACUUGUGCCAAGUUUGGGACCGAUUUGAUGCUAAUGAUGCAGACAGAGGUUUCGGAAGCUAAAGAACCAUAUUCUCCCCACCGUGGUAGCAGCUCGACAAUGCCGCAGAAGCGUAAUCCCAUCGGCUCAGCUUAUAUAUGUGCCAUGGCAAGCACUGUUCUCGGCCUGGCGAGCAACAUGGUUGUAGCGAUUGUUGCAGAUCAUGAACGUAGUACUGGCCCAUUGGAGCUGGAGUGGAUCGUGUUGCCACAGUUAUGUGCGCUUAGCCACGCGUGUCUGAAGCAGACUUUAUCCCUUCUGAACGGCAUCGAGGUAGACGGGGAGGCAAUGAAGCGCAAUCUGGCUCUGUCCAAGGGCGCUGUUGUCAGCGAAGCCGUUAUGAUGGGGCUGGGUAAGACCAUAGGUCGUCAGUAUGCGCACGAUCUAGUAUACGGGGCUCUGUCGAACGGCACAGCAAUCAAACAGCUCAUUGUUGGACCUACUCCGUCAAACACGAAUAUCAAACGGGCAGGUUUGACUAAUGAACAGCUAGGGGCGCUCUGCGACCCUGCUAACUAUCUUGGCCUGAGCGAAGUGAUGGUGGAUCGCAUACUCAAGAAGCCCACCCCAUCAUCGAGACACUUCUAG